CGGGGUUUCUGUGGGCCUGGCGUUCAAGUUCGGUUGCCAAAGACAGCUGUGUGAACUGACUUAACCGCUGCGCCGAGGAGAGAACAGGACAUACAAAAAAACCACACCUCACUUUUCAGUCAGGCUUCUCUGCAACAUCUGAAUGGUGCUUGGAGUCGGACAACUUUUCCACCWUUGAACGGGAUGAAUCUUCAGAACACCUAACCUGGAUGUUUUGCCGUGCGAGGGGUUGUGAAAGGCCUACUUUUGGAGUUGCACAACUUUUGAGGAGAAGCAUUUCUAAAAGGGAACUGACCUAAAACUACAAUGGACCAAGCCAGCGGCGGGGAAGACCCGAAUAAACCCUCCAAAAAGAAGUCCAACGAGGAUGAGGGUAAAAACAAAAAGCUGAACAUACACAUAAAAACAUUGGCUGAUGAUAUGCGGGAUCGUAUCACCAGUUUCAGGAAAACUGGGAUGAAGAAGGAGAAGCCUCUCAUACAGCACCCAACGGAUCCCAGCUCUAUUCAAGCCGAGCUGCCUGUUCCGCAGCCCCUUUUUGAUGAGAGAUCCAUGAACCUCUCGGAAAAAGAAAUCAUUGACCUUUUUGAAAAGAUGAUGGAGGAUAUGAACCUUAAUGAAGAACGCAAAGCUCCGCUGCGUGGAAAGGACUUGAGCACCAAACGCGAGAUGGUGGUCCAGUACAUCUCAGCAACUGCUAAAUCUAUAACUGGGAGCAAAGUUGCGGGUGGACUAAGGAAUAGCAAGCAUGAGUGCACACUUUCUUCACAAGAAUAUGUUCAUGAACUGCGCUCUGGCAUCACAGAUGAAAAGCUGCUCAAUUGCCUGGAAUCCCUCAGAGUGUCUCUCACCAGUAACCCUGUUAGUUGGGUUAAUAACUUUGGACAUGAGGGUCUUGGCCUUCUUCUGGAUUCACUGGAGAAGCUGCUGGAUAAGAAACAGCAAGAAUAUAUUGAUAAACGGAUCCAGCAUAAACUGAUUCAGUGCUUGAAGGCUUUCAUGAACAAUAAGUAUGGACUGCAAAGGAUCUUGGGAGACGAGAGGAGCUUGUUGCUGUUGGCUAGAGCAAUUGACCCCAGGCAGACCAACAUGAUGACAGAGAUUGUCAAAAUUCUUUCUGCUAUCUGUAUCAUUGGAGAAGAAAACAUCCUGGAUAAGAUUUUGGCUGCCAUGACAAUUGUUGCAGAGAGGAACAACAAAGAGAGGUUUGCUCCAAUUGUAGAGGGACUGGAGAACCACGAGGCCCAACAGCUCCAGGUAGCCUGCAUGCAGCUGAUCAAUGCCCUGGUCACGUCACCUGAUGACCUGGACUUUCGGAUACAUCUACGCAACGAGUUUUUAAGAUGUGGUCUAAAGAAGAUCCUUCCUGAGAUAAAAGAGACAGAAGAGCUUGACAUCCAGCUGAGGGUGUUUAACGAGAACAAGGAGGAAGAUGCUAUCGAACUCUCCCACCGUCUGGAUGACAUCCGCGCCGAGAUGGAUGAUAUGAAUGAGGUGUACCAUCUCCUGUCAAAUAUGGUGAAAGACACUGCCUCAGAGACCUACUUUCUGUCAAUGCUUCAGCACCUAUUGCUUAUCAGGAAUGACUAUUACAUCAGACCUCAGUACUACAAGGUGAUAGAAGAAUGUGUGGCUCAGGUGGUUUUGCAUCGCAGUGGGAUGGACCCUGACUUUGGCUACAGUAAAAGAUUGGAUGUGGACUUCACGCAUCUUAUUGAUCAGUGUGUGGAUAAAGCCAAAGUUGAAGAAAGUGAGCAAAAGGCAGCAGAAUACUCCAAAAAGUUUGAUGAGGAGUUCAGUGCACGACAGGAGGCCCAGGCAGAGUCUCAAAAGAAAGAAGAAAGAAUCAAGGAAUUGGAGGAGAAGAUUCAAGCCCUGGAGUCCCAGUUAGCUUUUGAAAAAGACAAUCUCAAAGAGGCUCAGAGACUCAUCCGGGAAUCUGAAGCCAAGCCCCCGCCUCCAGGUGGAGGACCGCCGCCACCCCCACCGCCCCCAGGCUGUGGGCCGCCGCCUCCUCCGCCUUUCUUUGGAGGUCCUGGCGGGCCUCCACCACCUCCUGCAUUACCAGUUGUCAAGCUGCCUUACGGGCUGGAGCCAAAGAAGACGUACAAGCCUGAAAAUGUGAUGAAGAGGGUCAACUGGACCAAGAUAGUGCCUCAGGAAAUGGCAGAGAAUUGCUUCUGGAUCAAAGUCAAAGAAGAGAAGUUUGAGAAUCCCGAUUUAUUUUCCCAGCUCUCCCUCUGCUUCUCCUCGCAGAGUAAAGUGAAGAAAGAUGUAAGCGACGAAACUGACAACAAAGUUCCACAAUUCAAGAAAAAGGCAAAAGAACUUCGUAUCCUGGACGCCAAGACGGCACAGAAUCUUUCAAUUUUCUUGGGCUCGUUCCGCCUGCCUUAUGAAGAGAUCCGUGACAUUGUGUUGCAGGUAGACGAGGAAAGACUGAGCGAAUCACUCAUCCAGAACCUAAUAAAGAACUUGCCUGAGCAGAAAGAACUGAGCGCUCUUGCGGAACUAAAGGGUGAAUACGAUGAGCUGGUGGAGUCAGAGCAGUUUGGCAUUGUGAUGAGUUCAGUAAAACUUCUACGACCUCGUCUUAACGGCAUCCUGUUCAAGCUGACGUUUGAGGAACAGGUAAAUAACAUCAGACCAGACAUCAUGAAUGUGACAUUUGCCUGUGAGGAGGUGAAGAAGAGCGAAGGCUUCAGCAAACUCCUGGAGCUCAUAUUGCUGGUCGGCAACUACAUGAACGCUGGCUCGAGGAACGCRCAGACGUUUGGUUUCAACGUCAGCUUCCUUUGCAAGCUACGAGACACCAAAUCAAUCAGUCACAACACAACACUUCUUCAUUUUCUGGCUGAGAAGUGUGAAGUGAAUUAUCCAGAGAUUUUGAGGUUUCCAGAUGAGCUGGAGCAUGUGGAAAAUGCCAGCAAAGUGUCUGCUGAAAUCUUGAAGAGCAGUUUGAGCACGAUGGAACGYCAUAUACAGAGGCUUGAGAACGACAUUGAAAACUUCCCCAAAACAGAUGACCAGCAAGAUAAGUUUGUGGAAAAGAUGUCGGGCUUCUGCAAACAUUCUCGAGAGCAAUACGAAAAGCUGUCCAUCAUGCACAAGAACAUGCAGAAGCUCUAUGAGAACAUCGGCAGUUUCUUCGCAUUCGACCCCCACUCGGUCAGCGUGGAGGAUUUCUUCGGAGAGCUGGCUAACUUCCGCACCCUCUUUAUGGAAGCAGUGAAGGAGAACCACAAGAAGAGGGAGAUGGAGGAGAAGAUCAAGAGAGCCAAGCUGGCGAAGGAGAAAGCUGAGCGUGAGAAGCAGGAGCGCCAGCAGAAGAAGAAGCAGCUGAUUGACAUGAACAAAGAGGGAGAUGAAACUGGUGUGAUGGAUAGUUUAAUGGAAGCCCUACAGUCUGGAGCAGCUUUCCGUGAUCGGCGAAAACGGACACCACGCAAUGGUGAUCAAAGCCCUUCCAGUCCAUCCUCUCGGUGGCCGGGUGCUAACUAUGGUAACAGAACUUUAGGUGUGUUUUGGGUUUUGUUUUAUUUUGUAUCUAACAUUUACCCUAACACCUUGUUGGUUUAUACUGCACUGCUUCUGGCUGCAUAAAACAC